AUGUCGCUCUUCAGAAUUGGAGGGGCUGCUGGCCUCCGAAGCACCCGUCUUCUUGUCCCUCUCAAUGCCCGCUUCGCCUCGAAUGUCGUCCAGGGUACUCCUGCCGUCAAGACCAACGCCUCAGAGGCUCCCACCACGACUCACAGUGGUAGCUCUCUGAUCAACAAGGAGAACCCUUCCGAGGCUAUGACCCGUCACCAGCCUGACUAUGAGGCCACAAUUGACCACGCAACUUCACUAUUCUCCCCGGUUCCCAAGCGCGUCAUGGAUGGAAGUGAGCCUGGUGACACUCUGCCCGCUGCUGUCCUCUCUGGCGCCCCGACCGACCUCCAGGCCCGCACUGUCAGAAUCUUCCGUUCCGCAAAGCCGGCUACUCAAUCUGGUACCUGGCACUCUCACCACUGGCGCAUGGAUUGGGAUAUUCUGCAGAAGGGUCACCGUUGGGAGAACCCUCUGAUGGGAUGGCAGUCAUCUGCGGAUAGCAUGCAGGGUACCAACAUCAAGUUCAAGUCGAAGGAGGAUGCGAUCGCCUUUGCCCAGAAGCAGGGCUAUGAGUACUUCGUUCAGGAGCCUAAUGAGCGCCGCGUCACCCCCAAGGCUUAUGCGAACAACUUCGUUUUCGAGCCUAAGAAGCUCAAGCACAUCAAGACCAAAUGA